GAAAGAAAACAAACAAAAAAAAACUAUUGAUAUUUAACAUCACUUUAAAUAUUCUGAUAUUCUGACAGCUGAUCCGGGACAGACGGAGCAGCUUUCACACCGGAUCCAGAAUGAGUGUGUCGUGUCUGACUUGACGUUGACGCUGUGGAUGCAGAGGAGGGGGGAGCGGUGGUUAUUUAAAGAGCCUCAUCCAGUCCAGGAUAAAUAUCAGAGGGUCCAGUCCGUUGACUAACCGCCUCUAAAUGGUCUUCAUCCCGAAGCGUGUGUGUCUCUGUGGACAUUUACUGUCUAUCAUUAGUCCAGACUGAGGACGCUUCAUCCUCCCGCUCCUCUUCCUCAUCACUAACACCCGCAGCUCUAGCAGCUCCUCUUCUUCUCCCGGAGACAGUGUCUCCAGUUUAUUUAUUUUCUAUUUUCCAGGGCUGUGCAAAAAAUGGGCAAAGAUUACUACAAAACGCUGGGUAUCUCUAAAGGAGCCACAGAGGAGGACAUAAAGAAAGCGUACAGAAAACAAGCGCUGAAAUGGCACCCGGACAAAAAUAAGUCUGCAUCCGCCGAGGAGAAAUUCAAGGAGAUCGCAGAGGCAUAUGAAGUCCUGAGUGAUCCGAAGAAAAGAGAGAUUUAUGACCAGUAUGGAGAGGAAGGUCUCAAGGGAGGAAGUGGACCCACUGGUGAAGGCCCAGGAAACACCUUCACCUACACCUUCCAUGGGGAUCCUCAUGCCACCUUUGCCACUUUCUUUGGUGGCUCAAACCCCUUUGAGAUGUUCUUUGGGCGCAAAACCAACGGUCGCGACGACGAGGACAUGGAUGUGGAAGGAAACGACCCCUUUGGCUCGUUCACCAGCUUCAACCUGAACGGCUUCCCUCGGGAUGGCCACAUAGGCAUGGGGGGGCAGCAGCGCCGGAAGCAGGACCCGGCCAUCGUCCAUGAACUGAGGGUCUCCCUGGAGGAGGUCUUCCACGGCUGCACAAAGAGGAUGAAAAUCUCCCGCAAAAGGCUAAAUCCAGACGGUAGGACCAUGCGCAAUGAGGACAAGAUCCUCACUAUUGAGAUCAAGAGAGGCUGGAAAGAGGGGACCAAGAUCACGUUCCCACGGGAGGGAGACGAGUCGCCAAACACCAUUCCUGCUGACAUAGUCUUCGUCAUCAAGGACAAGCCACACCCUCACUUUAGGCGGGAAGGUUCCAACAUUGUGUACACCGUUCGUGUGAGCUUACGACAGUCUUUGUGUGGAUGCUCGGUUACCGUGUCAACGAUAGACGGGAAGACGUGCAACAUGAAGAUCACGGACGUUAUCAAGCCUGGCAUGAGAAAGACUGUCGCCGGACAGGGUCUGCCCCUUCCUAAGAACCCAGAGAAGAGAGGAGAUCUGGUGGUGGAGUUUGACGUGAACUUUCCUGAGGCGUUGCCGGGCAACGCCAAGGAUGUCUUGAAACGGCAUUUACCUGCUUAGGACGAAGGACACACACACACACACGCUAAACGAACGAAGGAGAAAAUGGCAUGACAGGACUCGACAGUGACAGCUCACAGAUGGAUGUGCAGUAUUUAUUUUUUGAGCUAGUAGUUGGUGUUUUGAUAAAUACCAUGCAUGCUGCCAGGCUGAUAAAGACAGUAUGGGUUGUUUAUGUAUAAGAUAAUCCAUUAUUAGUCCCAGAAUGGGGACAUUUACAAUGAAAGUACACAUUUUAUGUGAGUGGAUCUUUUCCACUUUAUCUUUUCUCUUAGUUGGAUGUGUUUAGUUGUGAAUGAGUCUACAUUUGCCAAAAAUAAGCCCCACUGAUCGUGGGAAAAUCUGCAGUGCCAAAACAAGAACAUUUUUCCAUUCUUUCACAUAGAUUUUGUCCAUUUCAAGAUUGUCUUAAAUAUGUGUGGUGUACAAGUUAUUAAAGAGGAAGCUGGCCGACUGGACUUUAGAAUCUUACAUGUGAAGAAACUGAACUUGAAUUUUGAAAUAAACAUUUCCACCUGAA